CUAACCACACACACCACUUCUGACAACAUGACGUACUCCGGCAGCUACUGUGGAGGCCUAGGCUACAGCUGUGGAGGAUUCGGUGGCCUGGGCUAUGGCUAUAGCUGUGGAUGUGGCAGCUUCCGCAAUCUGGGCUAUGGCUGUGGCUAUGGAGGCUACAGAUACAGCUGCUGCCACCCAUCAUGCUAUGGGGGUUACUGGUCUUCUGGAUUCUAUUGAAUAAAUACUUGAAAUACAGUCUUCCGUGAGAUUCCCAAUUCUCCCAAGAAACUUUAUUCCGUAACCUGCCUGCUUCAUUUAUCCUGUCUUGAUAACAAAAUAGCUGCUUGGAUCACCUGCCUUUUGACAAUAGUGUGAAGAAAACUUGAUCAACUAGAUAUUGGCAUUUGAUCAGUGAUGUUCUCCAGAUAUUCACUUCUUUAUUGGCUAGAGAGCCAUUAUA